UUUGAGAAAUGUGAUCGGACAAUUGGUUGUGCUGAAUAGAACCAAACACAUGCUAAUGUGGUUGCUUUCAAUGUUUUUCUUUAAUCCUACCCAAAAGAUGGUUUGAGACCUUCAACAUUAAUUGUGUGCAAAGUCGUUGAUCGUUGCCUAUAUCUGUUUUGUAUAAGCAGCGAGAUGCUACUUGGUGCAUGUUUAGAUAACCUGGGUCAAUGCUUCGUGCAUCGUUCUUUUUCCUCGAGGGGAGUAUUUGCUUGUGCAGGUUCUAUGUGCGGGAAAGGAUUUAGCAACAUAGAAAACUGCCAGCCGAAUGACAAGUUUGUUGAAACAGAUGCAACAGAACCGCCUUCUACUUUAGCCUCAAUUUGGUCCUACUUGCAACCUCAGCACCAACUUGCUUUGCAGCCUAUCCUCUCAUAGUCUCUCAAAGAAUUUUCGAAGCCAAAAAAAAAAAAAAGAAAAAAAAAGAAAAAAAGAACAUUUCACUCAAAUUUAUUUAAGGCUUGCUUAGAGAGUGGAAAAAAUGUAACACAGGGAUGCCUGGACUCGUCGUAGUCUUCGUAGAUAUUGCUUUGGGGCAAAUAAAACAAGUGGACUCAAGGUCAGACAAUGCACGUUCAGACAACUUUGCAAUUAAACUUUCAUUCUUAACGUCGUGCUUCCACGAGUUUGUUGUGUUUGUUUGUUUGAUUUUUCCAGGGAAGAAGAGUGGACUCCAAACUGAAGUUGCAGACCACUCAGGGUAUGGCGUGCGGCUGCGUAGGCGCAGGCUCCUCAAAUUCAACGUCGGUAACUCCUUCCAUUAGCUGUUAAUCAUCCCAUCAAAUUCCUCCCUUUACUGCCGUCAUGACUCAUUAUUCUCCAUUUGGGUUUCCAUUAUACAGACGAAAAGGGCACUACAUUUAUAAGCCCAAUAAUUAAAUAAAAUCAGGACAUGCUGACAAGAAGACAAAGACGAGGACACCACUAACAGCCAACAGCCUAAAGCCCUCAUGCCUCAUGCCGCCAUUAUAAAACCAAUGCCCAUCACUUCUUCCUUCAUCUCAAUUCCAUUCGUAAACUUUGCAAUGCAGAUGGAGGGUUCAGUUGAGAAACAACAGCAUAAAGAGGUUUCAGUUUCAGGCAGCAAAAUUGGGAAAUGCAAGGACAGAUCUCGUAGACGCAGCUUCGUUGGUGUCAGACAAAGGCCCUCUGGGAAAUGGGUGGCAGAGAUCAAAGACACAACCCAUGAUAUCAGAAUGUGGUUGGGAACCUUCAAGACAGCGGAAGAGGCUGCCACAGCAUACGAUGAAGCCGCCCGCCUCCUCCGUGGUGCCAAUACUCGUACCAACUUCGCAACCCAUCUCAAAUCCACCUCCGCCCUCUCUUUCAAAAUUAGAAAUCUCCUCAACCAAAAGAUCAGUUUGAAACGAAGCUCCUCCAAAACCAGCCCCACCAAACUCGGUCCAAUCACUGAAAUUGAGGGUGCUCAUUCUGGGCUCUCCUUCUCCACUGCCACAAACCAAGAGAUACAUAAGACGUUUGAUAAUGCAGACUGGAGCAGCGCCUGCAGUGGAGAAGUUGAGGCGCUUGGUCUUCGUCAGUUCAGCCAUUCGUGGUGGCAUCUUCCUCUUGGGUUGAACUUGGAAAUGGAUGAGCCUCCUGAUCCAUUACUGAGCCACCAAGAUAGACAAGUGGCAGAGAUGUCAUGUGAUUCAGAGCAAUUAGAUCUAACAUCCAUACCUAUGUGUGCAGUGAAUGGAAUGAGUGAAUAUUUAGGAACUACAUAUGAUGCCUUUGAUUCUGUGGGUCAGAUAUUCUGCCCAAGUUGAUUAUACCCCGCUUUAAUUAAUUCCCUUUCUACUGCUA